AUCUAAUGUAAUACCAUCUUAAUCUGGAUUCUUAACAUCAACGAAAUCCAAGAUAGCACAAGUACCAGGACGAUUCCACCAAAGUUACAUCCUCUCUCUCUCUCUCUCUCUCAUACACAUGUUUUAGGGUUUCAGUGGCAUCAUUGAUGGUGAGAAUGCAAAGGUACUGAGGCAAUAAUGGGACAGUGGACCUUUUUGCAGGCUGUGGAAGAUAACCCAAAUGAGCUUGUCGGUUUUUUUAUAGUGUAAGUCUAUUAUCACUGCACUAUAUAUCACUGCCACUCGUCUCUAAAGUGUGCAUACAGUCACCAAACCAACCCAUUUGGUUUAUGCCUUAGAAUGUUAAACUGAUGGCUGUUAGGAGACAAACUUCUCCUUAAUUUCUUUCGCACUUUCUCAUCGUCUUAGAAGCUUCGGUGUAACCUAAUUUUCUCUUUUUUGAUUAGAGUUAAGACUAUUUUCCUCUAGUUUCCAGAUAAGGGUCUAGUCCUGUGUGUUUAAUUUUUGUUCUCAAGAUUGUAUGAUUAUUGUUUUACCUUCAAAAUUUCUUGACUUCAAGCCUUUUGGGUCAGUUUUGAUAGAGUUUAAAGAAAUGGGGUGGUCCAGGCAUCCAAAAAAUGUUCAAGUAGAAAGAAAUGGAAGACCAAAUUUAGGAUUACUGGGUGGACUAACAGAAUUUGAUGAUAAUGGUUCCUAGAAAGGAAAGAUUUUGAAGAGAAUUGGUUGAUUUGUGUAAAUAUUUUCUUAUGGAACGUAGUAGUCAAGAAAGUGCUAUAGGGAUGCCAAAUUCUGUGAGUUAUAAUCCACCCCAGCUGAAUCAAGAAUCACCAGUCAAGCUGCCUCUAGCCUCUAUAAUAUCCUCUCCACCAGAUAGGAGAGGAAAUGCAAAAACACUAAAUAAGCACCAGCGUCAGGAUCAGGAUCAGGAUCAGCAUCAGCUCAAUUCACCACCGCCACAGCCGUCUCUUGUACAAAAAGAUUCAAUCUCAGAUCCAGAUCCAGAUCCAUAUCCGGCCAGAGUGGCCAGUGGAACAACUGGUGGUGUUUCAAAUUUAAGGAUAGAUCCACCUCCGCAGCCACAUGAUCUACCAGCAACAUCUUCCAACCCUACUGAUACUAUUAGAUAUAACGAAUGCCUAAAGAAUCAUGCUGCAAGUGUAGGAGGUCAUGUUUUAGAUGGAUGUGGAGAAUUCACGCCCAGUGGAGAAGAGGGCACCCCAGAAGCCUUAAGAUGUGCUGCUUGUGAUUGCCACCGGAGUUUCCAUCGAAGAGAGGCCGACGGAGAGUCACAAACUGGCACGUCUCACUACUACACAUACAAUCCCAACUCCAGCAAUAACAAUAUCCAUAGGAACCCGUUAUUUCCAAGGCAGAAUCAGCAUUUUACCGCCACCCCUCCAAGUGGCCGUACGCCGCCUACAGUGGUGGCGUUCGGCAGAAACAGCGGUGGUGGAGCUGGUGCGGAGUCAGCUAGUGAAGAUCUCAACAUGUUUCGCUCCAACGCUAGAGGGCAUGAAGUUGUGCAGCCAUCAUUUUCAAGGUCCAAGAAGAGAUUUCGGACGAAAUUUAGUCAAGAACAGAAAGAUAAGAUGCAUGAAUUUGCUACAAGGCUGGGAUGGAAAAUUCAGAAAGAAGAUGAACAAGAAUUGCAGCAGUUCUGCAAUGAAAUGGGAGUGAAGAGACGGGUUUUCAAGGUGUGGAUGCACAACAACAAACAAGCCAUGAAGAAGAGACAAAUGUACUAUGUAAGUCCAGAAACGAACCCCAUUUGAAUUAGGGUAUAGAUUAUUAACCUUUUUACAUAGCUACACAUCAUUGAUGCAGAUUAAGAAAAUUAUUAUAGAAGGCUAAUCACCUUGGUCAUUUCAAUUUUCCAGUCCUGCAAGUCAUGAUCUAAUUAAUUACCUGAUAUGUAAUGGUCUUAAUUCUGCUCUUGUAAAAAUAAAACUUUUAUAUAUUGGAAGAAAUGCACUAAAAUGAAGAAAGAAAAUAUUCAUAAAAUUUAUAUAUUUCAAGUACUAUAUACUUUGGUUAUUUUUGGUACAUGGUAUAAUGUUCCUUGCUAAACUGGCUCGUUUACU